AUGAUUUCAAAUAAUGUUGAAGUAUUUGUGCAAGAAAAUGACUUAGUUCAUCGUAGUUGUGGAAAAUUGUACUUGGAUACAAAAACCGCUGACGUUACAUUUAUAUUUGGCAUGGACACCGAUCAUCCCGAAUAUGUGCCAGCCCAUAAAAUGUUUUACGGUUCAUUAAUUGAAGUGGGAGAUAUUCCAAUUGUCGACUCAUCAGCCGCAGCUUUUAGAGAAUUUUUACAAUUUUUCUAUAAGUGCGAAGUGCGGCUCACAUCCCAACACAUUGGUGAAGUGAUUAAUUUGUGUAAAAAAUAUGAAUUGAACGAGGCAGUCGAUGCGUGUAAAAUUCCAUUGCAAAAGUCAUUGACCAAACACGAUAUGUGCUGGGGCUACGAGGUGGCUGUUCUCCUUGAACUUGAGAAUUUACAACAAUUUUGUGAGCAAAAAAUUCGUGAAAAUGCCCAAGAGGUCUUGACAUCCGACACUUUCUUGGAGUGUAAUCGAGUUUCGGUCGACAAUAUUCUGCAGUUAGUGGAAUCAAAUUGUAAUCCAUUGACAGUCGUCGAAGCAUGUAUGGAAUGGGCAAAGGCAGAAAAUGUGCGAAAUAAUUUGGAUUUAAAUCCAUUGACACUGAGAGGUCAACUGGGCAAUUUAUUCGAUAGAAUUCCAUUCACAGAAAUUGGUAUGGAUGAAUUUUUCGAAUACACUGCUAAAUAUGCUGGCUUUGUUUCUGACAAAGAAAUUGAAACAAUCACACAAACGAUACUCGAAAAAAAGUUUCGAUCAAGUAUUUGUGCUACAUUGCCUUUAUCAGUUUUACCGAAAUUAGAUUGUGAUCGACGAAUACGUGACGAUAUGGAAUUGUAUGAAGCUCAAAAACUGUUUUGUUCUUUUGAAUCAAAUACAAAUAUUUUAUUAAGAGAAUUUGAUUUGCCGCAAUUAUGUUCGAAUUCAGUAAACAACGAUAUCAAAACUAUGGAGCUGAUUUGCACUGUAAACGGACCGUACAACAAUCUCAAGGGUGAAUUGAUAUUUUUCAAAAAGGUUGUGCUCACUUCGGAAGCCGAAACACACAUUGUUUUGCCACAACCAGUCAUCAUUGAAGCAAAUAAAUUGUAUUGCAUAAGUGUUGUUGGACUGAAAUACCAAUAUAUUGAAGAUAUACCAUUUUUACAACGGAAAAAACUCAAAAAAAUAGUUGAAAUUGAUAGUGACGUUAGGAUUAAAUUCUAUGCCGGAAUGGAACUUUUAUCACAUUUAGUGUUUCAGAAAAUGAUAGCUUAA